AUGGAAUCUUCCCAGUUGCCAGUAGCAUGGGCAAAAUGGAAAAGAGAUCUUGAAGCGUAUUUUGAAGCUGAAGGAAUAGUUUCACAAUACGACAGACGUUCGAAGUUGCUUUAUCUAGGUGGCUCUGAUCUUCGUGAUAUUUUUGAUAAUCUACCAGAUGCUGGAAAUGUACCACACGUUCUCAAGAACCCUCCGUAUUAUGAUAAGGCUAUCGCAAAACUGGAUAGUCAUUUCGAACCAUUUCGCAGACGAACCUAUGAACGUCAUUUGUUCCGCCAAAUUGCACAGAAAUCCUCAGAACGUUUCGGUGAUUUCGUUUUGCGUCUAAGGACCCAAGUAAAACGAUGUGAGUACGAAAAGCCGGACGAAAUGAUCCUAGAUCAAAUCGUUGAGAAAUGCUUGUCCGAAAAGUUGAAGCAGAAAAUGUUAAAACGGGAUAUGUCGUUGGAGGAAAUCGAAUCUGUGGGAACGUUGCUAGAAGAGAGUAUUCACCGGUUGAAAGAUUUUGAAGGAACCAAACCUGAAUCAACUGUAAACAAAGUGAUUAAGUGGCAACCGAGAUGGCAACCUAAGCCAAUAGAGAGAUACUCCUCUGGGUCCGAAGAUCGUUUCGUUCGUCAGCAAUCUACUAAGUCUUUCGGAGCUAUUAGCGGAACUACUCAUUAUGGAAAACUGAGAAGAGAGCCAGGGCGCGGUUCAGAAGCAGUCUGUUUCUCAUGUGGUAAGCGAGGACAUGUAAAAGGCUCUGAAAUAUGCCCAGCCAAGCGAGCGACUUGUUUGAAAUGUGGUGGCGUUGGACAUUUUGCUAGACAAUGUCUAAAACGAGUUAAUAAUGAAGAGCGAGGUACUGGUCCCCCGAAGAGAAUCCGAAUGGUAAAGCAAGAUGGAGAUAGAGACCAAGAUGAAGGAUACGUUUUCUAUGCUAUGGGAGAAAAUAUUUUCCUGUUCAAAAUCGGUGGUGUAGACGUCCCGAUGAUUGUCGAUUCUGGGGCUGCCGCCAAUAUUAUCAGUGAAAACGCCUGGACUCAGAUGAAAAACUUCGCCGUUCAGGUUUGGAAUAUGUCUAAGGUAGUAGACAAGGUAUUCACUGGAUAUGCAUCAUGUCAGCCUAUGGAAAUGAUUGGUAGUUUCUACGCUACGGUGGAAGCCGGGAAUAGGAAAGUGGAAGCUAAAUUCUACGUAGCUAAGAACGGACAACAAUGCUUGUUGGGGGACAAAACAGCAAAGGAAUUAGGUGUUUUGAAAGUUGGGUUUCAUGUUGCAUCGAUUGCAGAGUAUUCCGAAACGGAAUUUCCCAAAUUCAAGGGACUGACAGUUGGAAUUCCCAUAGACAAAACCGUGCAACCAGUUCAACAAGGAUAUCGUCGAGUUCCUUACGCGCUUGAGGAUAAAGUAGUAGAAAAGUUGGAUACCUUGUUGAAACAAGGGAUCAUCGAGCAGGUUCACGGCCCAUCGCAAUGGGUCUCUCCACUAGUUCCUGUUAUGAAAGAUUCUGGAGAUGUUCGAUUGUGUAUCGACAUGCGGCGUGCCAAUGCAGCUGUGCUGCGUGAAAAACAUCCACUUCCAAUGGUAGAUGAGCUACUUGGUUCUGUCAGCGGGGCAAAGAUGUUUUCGAAAAUUGAUAUUAAAGACGCAUAUCACCAGUUGGAAAUCUCUGAGAAAUCGCGCCCGAUCACGACCUUCAUUACAAAAACUGGACUUUACAGGUAG